CGCAUCCCUUGGACGUCCUGCGAAUCUGACGAAGACUUUGUCCAGUCUAGUGAGAUGAAGCGCACCGCAAGCGAUGUUGGCGAUCGGGCGGCAAAAGUGGCUCGCAUCGACGGCCAUGCCCUGGUAUUUCCCGUCCCGAGCGUGCGGGACUUCUUGGCAUCAACCACGAGCAGGAAGCGCUUCACGAAACCUGUGCAAGUCGGUGGCUUUAGCAAAUACCCCGACGGUCGCGUCAAGUUUGAUCAGUCUCUCCUGAAAUCCCUGAGGAACGCUGCGCCGUUGCACUCGGAUUUGCUGGCUGGCAUGGAUACAUACACAGAGCCACAUAAUACCGCGCCGCUGGAACACGUGAUUGCCGCCGCGCUGCCAGAACACAGACGUCUCCAUGACCACGCAACGUGUUCGCCACCUCCGCUGUCGAAGCAUCACGUUGUCACAUAUCGAAAUAACCUGAACAAGAUCAUGGGGACCCCGUAUAAUACGAACUCCCCUUACUCGAUGCAAGUCCAGCGAACUCAAGGCUGCAUCUAUCUCAAUGUGGUCUUGUCCGACCUGGCUCCAUCGCGUCUGCCCGCGAGCUUCACUCAGCUUCAAGCGGCAUAUGCAGGUCGUCGAUACGAAGAGCUUACUUCCAAGACGGCAUCGCCUCGUGGUGGUGAGUACUGCGGGGUAUUUUCUGUCUCGUUGGGGCAAACGAAGCUGCUGAUUGGAGCUGAGCUCGACGGGAUCGACGACUCCGGUGACAUUUCCAAUCUCUACAUCGAGCUCAAGACGUUUCGUGCCUUGGCGACGUCAAAGGAUCGGUUUACAUUUGAGCGAUACAAGCUUCUGGCGUUCUGGAUUCAGUCGUACGUUGUUGGAGUGCCGUUGAUUCGAGUGGGGUUUCGAGACGAUUCCUUUCGUUUGGUCAAGGAGCAGACUUUUCAAACCACUGGGUUGCCUCGGUACGGAGAAAAGUAUUGGAACCCCACCGUUUGCAUCAAUUUCGCCAACUCGUUUCUCACGUGGUUGGCUGAACAAGCCCUGGACGAUCAAGUCGUGUACUUGAUCGAGUACGACCCGCGCAACAAGUGCAUCCAGCUAACUCCUUCGACCGCUCCACUAUUUGUCUCUACUCCCUUGGUGGUCGAGAGCCAUGACGAUGGAGCGCCAGGCCAACACUGACACGUCAACGCCAACAGGACAGAAUAAAACAGAACAUGUACCAAUUACCCUCCCCGAAAAGAUCGAAGUUGGGGUGUGGUAGGUCGCUGACAAUUCUUGUAAAGCGACACAUUGUGGCUACAGGUUGAUAAUUCGACACAUCACGACAGUGUUGACAAUCACGAGAAAGGUCCAGAUCACCACGGAAGGUGCUAGCACCACCAUGGCCAUCGUACCAUUCAAUGUGACGAAUUGC